AUGGGCUCUUCGAGACGAGCUGAAAGAGAUCCGGAGCUCGACCGGUAUUUGGAUCGAGUAGAGGAGCUGGACAGCAAGAGAUAUGGCUGUAAAGGUGCUCGAAAUGAUGAUGCGAAGAACAAACCAAAGUACAACCCUCAAGACUUGGAACGGGCUCAAAAACUCCUGAGUGGUGAAUAUCCAACGUUUGAUGAAAGACCUACGACAUUUUCGUCCCGUAAUGCCUCUGAAAUGGCAUACAGAUCGGCAUACAACUAUGAAAAGUCAUUCUCCCCAAAACGCAAUUCACACACUACGAGAUCUCCGAUAAGGCCCGUAAAACACCCCGAUUCGUGGACUCACGACGAUUGCUUGGAUUUAGCUGUCUCUAGGUUCGACUCUCGAGACUCUGCCAGGCAGUAUAUGGUCUCAGAAGAGGACUAUCUACUUUUAGCCAAGUUGAAACAAGGUUUGGCCAUUUCACCCCCUCAAACUACUGAAGAAGUCAGAGAAUAUCCUUCGCGGGGAAAGCCAAGAGCUUAUAGGCCCCACAAUAGAUACAAAGAAGAUGUCGACAAUAAUAACAAUAAUGAUCACGACGAUGACAGCGAAACUCCGCCACCACUGCCAGUAAGAAGAGAGGCGAAGAAUGAGAAGUUCAUCGCCACACCUACCAAAAAUGCAUCAAUUAAACCUCCUAGACCUCAAGUAUUGACUAAUUCGAGGUCUGAGAGAAUAAUAGAUGAUUGUUCGAAGUGGGACGUUGGCACACGCGAAAGAUCCCAUCCAAGACCUGAAAGCAGCGUGUUUCAAACAUCUUCGUUGAAACCCAACAAAACUUCUUUUCUCGAGUCUUCUCAAAAAACCAAGGCCACUACAAGCACAGCACCAAAAACUGACAUCGAGCAGAAGGUAACCAAUAACGUGCACAAACCGAGAACGUACCUGGACUCACUUCAAGAUAAUAAACUUACCGUAACAACCCCACACAAAUUCCAACCCUCAACACCGUCGCCUACCAAGCCAGCCCGUCCUUCCCGGCCGUUUGUGGCAUCAGCUCUCAAAACCGAAAGUUCUAAGUCCACCCCGCAAAUGAAAGCUCUGGCAAUUCCGCCUCGGCGUAAACAGAUUCCUGCGAUGAGUACCGACGAUAAAAGCGACUUAGAGCUCAGCUCACUGAGGGCCAGUCUUAGAAGUCCCGAAAAAAGAAUGAGCACCGCUGACGCACCAGGCACUAGAAAUGCAUUUGACGUGAAGCUCGAGGUUCCCAAAACCCGGAAAAAGACAGAAAACGACAAAAUACCCGGUUUUUUAGGCAAGGAAGCUUUGAAGCCUCUGCCUGCCGCAUCUGAGAGGAAGGAGUCUGUUCCUGAGGUCAUGGGCAGAAGAGAGAUGCUAGUAAAAGCACCUCCAAAGCCCGAAAGGAAAAUAUCGGUUCCAGAGGCUAUCGGUAAAAAAGGUAAUUUGAGUAAAGCACCACCCAAGCCAGUAAUGAAGGCAUCACUACCGGAAGCCGUUUCCAAACUCUCUACUCUGGCGAAAGCCCCGCCAAAACCCACCCGUAAAAUAUCUAUGCCUGAGGCACUAAAGAAACUCGAAUUGAUAAAGGCAAAGAAAUUAAAAGAAGAGGCAGAACUGCUCAGUGACAGUGAUGAGAAAGGCCACAGAAGCCUUACAGAUGACAAGAAAGUCUGGCCUCGCGAUGCUAGAGAUGGACGGGAAAAGGCGCCGGUAUUUUCAAAAAAGCCUUUAAAUCGUGAGGUCAGCAAAACUGCUCCAGAACUGGGCCAAAGAGCCAACGUACCCAUUGCGAUUCCCUUUAUGGUACAAGGUGAUAGUGCUACGAUUGCAAAAUUACUCAGCCCGGCGUCAGUGUCGGAAUCAAAUUUAUCUGAGCUGAAUGGAUCAAAUGACAAUAAACUGGUACAUCCAACUAAGGGUCGGGCGCGUGGGCCCAAGAGGAAACCUCCCAAGCUUGUGUAA